AUGUCAUCAUCAUCAUCUGUUCCUGAUUACUUGCGAGAUGAUGAUCUGAUACAAGAAACAAGAGAUCUGAUUUCUUCUCUUCCGAGCGAGAAAGGUUGGUUAGUGAGCCGAAUGUAUCAGUUCCAAGGACGUUGGCACACAGAAGCUCUGUUACAAGGGAUCUUGAACUGCCAAAAAGACUUUGAAGCCCAAGAUUCCGACAUUAUCCUGGUCACCAAUCCUAAAUCAGGUACCACUUGGUUAAAGGCUCUAGUCUUUGCUCUCAUUAACCGACAAAAGUUUCCAGUUUCAUCUUCUUCUGGUAAUCAUCCUCUUCUGGUUACCAAUCCGCACCUUCUUGUGCCCUUCUUGGAAGGAGUUUACUAUGAAUCUCCAGAUUUCGAUUUCUCUGAGCUGCCUUCUCCAAGACUCAUGAACACGCACAUAUCGCAUCUUUCGCUGCCCGAGUCCGUUAAGAGCUCGUCUUGUAAGAUUGUGUAUUGUUGUAGGAACCCUAAGGACAUGUUUGUCUCCUUAUGGCAUUUUGGGAAGAAGCUUGCUCCUGAACAUACCGCAGAUUAUCCGCUUGAGAAAGCGGUUGAAGCUUUUUGUGAAGGGAAGUUUAUAGGUGGACCCUUUUGGGAUCAUGUGUUGGAGUAUUGGUACGCAAGCCGCGUGAAUCCAAACAAGGUCUUGUUUGUUACUUACGAGGAGCUCAAGAAGCAGACCGGAGUUGAGAUCAAGCGAAUCGCUGAGUUCUUGGGAUGUGGUUCUAUUGAAGAAGAAGAAGUGAGAGAGAUUGUGAAGCUGUGUAGUUUUGAGAGCUUAAGCAGUUUGGAAAUUAAUAGAGAAGGGAAAUUGCCAAAUGGAAUAGAGACUAAAGCUUUCUUUAGAAAAGGAGAGAUCGGUGGAUGGAGAGAUACUUUAAGCGAGUCUUUAGCAGAGAAAAUUGAUAGAACCAUCGAAGAGAAGUUUCGAGGUUCUGGUCUGAAACUCUCUUGCUAA